GAUGACAUAUGUAAACCGUUGCCGUAUGAAAUAAGUAAACAAGCAAGUACUUUUGAAAACAGAGAAAAAUUUAUUGUUAAUUUUCUUGAGCAACGACUACCUAGUAAUGACAGUUCACAAAUUGUUGAUGAAUUAAAAAAGGUUAUUUUUAUUUUUUUUUUUAAGACAUUUAUAUUGGACAAAUUAAAAUCAAACAAUAAGAAACAAAAGCCAGUGAGAAAAGGAAAUUUUUUAAGUGGCCGUAAAAGAAAAUUACUUGGAAUAAAAACAGUCGGCUUGAACAAACAACUUAAGUAUAAAGAGUUAUUACCGCUAAAUACCCUGUGGCUAGAAUAUUUUUCACAAACGCUAGGAGUUGAAAAUUUCAAUGGAUUACCUAAUCCAGGUGACAAUGAUUGGGACAGUAUAAGCCAGAAAAUAAUGAAGUCAGAUUUUCACGGUGCAAAAGUAAAAGUCGUUAAAUCAAAGUGUCCUAGUUUGAUAGACAUUCAAGGAAUAAUUGUACAAGACACCAAAAAUACAUUUAGAAUUAUUGGUGAAGAUGAUACUAUUCGUACUGUUCCGAAACACGCUGUCGCUAUUGACAUUCAAUUAAUAGAAACGAAAUUUCAAUUGUUCGGCAAAGAUUUAUGCAUUCGACCAGCCGAGCGUGUUAAAAUAAAAAAUAAAUUUACUCCUUCGACUAGUUUGUGA